AUGGGUACUGCAGGACGACGUUUAUGCUCCAUUGUAGCGCUAUUGACAGCUACGAUCAUCAGCAGCGCUCAAUGUUCGAUGCUCGUAGAUCCUAUGCAGCACGAACUUCAGGUUGGAAAUGAAACCACCUUCGUAUCAAAAGUCAAGGUAGCACGGCAGACCACAUCCACAGCUGCAUUCUUCUAUACACCAAAUGACAGUAAGAUCAAACAUAUUAUAGACAAAGAGAUUGAUGUCGUCAGUAGAGAACUCAAGGGAAUAUUCUCCAUAGUCGCUAUAGAUUGCAGCGUCAAGUCAUUACGCAGUAUAUGUGAAACAGAACUUGGAGCGGGCUACACUACACCUGUUCUAAGAGUCUACCCUAAACUACCAAUACCGGCAUACAACUACUCUGGAGAGUUAACUAGCGCAUUAGUUAAACGGGAACUUGUAAAACAUGUAGCAUCAUUGGUGGAGAUCAUCAAACCUGGUAAAUUGCCAGAAUUCAUGGGAAAGUUCGAGACUAUGCCAAAGGCGUUACUAUUCAGUGAUAAAACCGGGCCAAACUAUAUUUAUAAGGCUCUGAGUCUAGCCAUGGACAAGAAGUUACUAUUGGGAUUUGUAAAUGUUCAAGAAAAUCCAGAACUUAAAGCAAGGUACAGGGUAAAGUCACUACCUCACCUUAUAGUUGUGAAACCAGAUACCAAGGUCGACCGCUUUGAGGGUAACUUCGACUACCCAAGCAUGUUCGAUUGGCUAAAUGUAUAUGCUGAGACUUUCCUACUAGGUAGUGGAUAUGAGGAGGGUAACGCUAAGGCAGGAAAAUCAAAACCAUGGUUACAUGAUCCCCUACCACAACUCACACUAGAGUCACAUAUGGACAUCUGCUUUAACAAGGCACAUGGGUUCUGCGUGAUCUACUUGACCGAAGGCACGCCAACGGACGCGGACAGACAGAUGCUAAUUGAACUAGGAACCCGCUACAAGGGUGAAUUUGCCGGAAAGUGGAUGUGGAUGGAUCUAACAUCGGAGACAGGUUUUGCUGAGCUUUUUGGCGGACCUGAACACUUACCUUCGGUUGUAAUAUUCAACCCGAAGAAAAAGCUAAGGUAUAUGCUAUUCGAGGGAGAAGGAGCUGUGACAAGACGUGAUAUCGAAAAUAUGCUGGAAAAGAUUCUAGGAGGUGAUGCGCGAUUCAAACUUGUUAGAGGCGAUAAAUUGCCGCCAUUUGCCCCGAUCAAUGCUGCUAAACAUGAUGAACUGUGA